CCCGUUAUAAUUAGUGCAAUCGAAAAGUGAGCUGACAGACCUCACCAAAUCACCAGCAGUCCGGCAUCACCAAAUCACCAACUGUUCUUCAUCAUCUGACCAGCACCAGAGCUCAGUCAUGCUCGGAAAGCUCGCGAUGCUUGGAUCCGCCCUUGUGCUGUUGAUCAUUUUGCAGUCGACGGAAUCUGCUCUGACAAUUGGUUCCUUCAAUAUCCAGCGCCUCGGCAAUUCAAAGAGCUCAAAUGCGACUAUCGUCAAUCACAUUGUGCAGGUUUUGCACGGCUUUGACAUCGCCGUUAUCUUGGAGGUGAUCGACACUGAUGCCGUCAACGUUGUGAUUCAGGCUUUGAACAGGAACGGCGGGCCUUACAGCUUGAAACUCAGCUCCGCCUCUGGAAGAACGUCCUACAAAGAACACGUGGCAAUCCUGUACAGAAACGACAAAUUGUCUGCCGUGCAAGUCCGAGAAUUUCCCGAUGCACAUGACCAGUUUGAACGAGAUCCUUAUGCCGUGUUGUUUCACACCACACAGGCUGGUGUCAGCACCUUUGCCGUUGUGGAGUUCACCAAUGUCCUGAUUGCCGGAGAUUUCAACGCCGACUGCACGUAUAUGACAGAAGCUCAGUUCAAGAACUCCGCACUUGUCACAGAUCAUCGCUUCACUUUCCUCAUCGACAUGAAUGUCGACACCACGGCCAGCGUCAACACCAACUGCGCCUACGACAGGUUUGUGGUGGCCGGCAAGUGAGCUGACAGCAGCCGUGGUUCAGGGCAGUGCGCGGGUCAUCACCAUCCCCACAGCCCUACACCUGACCACCGCUGAGGCUCAGGCAGUCAGCGAUCACUACCCCAUCGAGGUGAAAAUACAUUAGAACAUUUAGCUCCUCCAUUCAAGCUUCGCUGUGUCAUGUGACAAUAUAACCGCGACCCUGAAGGGAGUGUGACAUGUCAUCAAGUUGCGACAACCACGAGAAACCACCCGAAGCUCCAGCGCCGUCUGACAUUAAAGUGUUUUUCAUUUC